CUGGUGGUGGUGGUGGUGGUGUGGUGGUGGCUGAUGAAAACCCAAUUGCAUGGGACUCUCCUGUAGUCCUGCGUGCCCUCCGAAGCAAGUACUGAUCCUCCCCUUGAAGGCUCCAUAGCAGGAACAGCGAAAGGAAAGACCGAAAGGCUCCGCCCCGACUGCUGCACUCACCAGUGGAGAAGAACAAGAACCACCAUGCACUUCUCUUCGCCGGUGGCGGGAGGAGAGAGCUCGAUCACUGUCGGGUGAUCGGUGACGGCGGCGGGGGUUCAAAGGGUCGUCGGGGGAUCGAGCGGGGGUCGGGGAGACGACCGGGGCUUGACUCCUCGCAGCCUCUCUCUCUCUCUCAGUCUCAACCAGGAAAGCAGCCAACCCGGGGUAAGCAGUAUUGAGAUUCAUGGGUUGGUUGAACAAGAUCCUCGGAGGUUCUAGCCAUCGGAAGCAUAAUCACGGGAAAUACGGAGGUUAUAAAAGCUGGGACGAGACGCAUAAUUCUGAGGAUGAAUUGGCAGAUCACGAAAGAGAAGAGAUUGACUACGCAAUCGCACUUUCUCUCGCAGAGGAAGAUCUAAAGGGGAAAAAGGUGAUUGAAGCUGAUGAAGAUGAUCACUCGGAGGAAGAAGAGCAACCUACUAAUGUGGAAUCAGAAGACGAUGAACAAGUCGGCCAAAAAGAAGAUGAACACAUUGAAGCUCCGAAAGAGGAAGCAAAGCAUGUCCAAUCUCAGUUGGAGGAUGACGAACAACUCGCCAAGGCUAUCCAAGAAAGCCUGAUUGUUGAAUCGCCCCCUCGAUAUGAAAGUGGAAGCAUCUUGCGCCCUUAUCCGUCCUUCUUCCCUUCAGGGUAUAGAAUUUGUGCUGGUUGCAAUGCUGAGAUCGGGAGUGGGCGAUUCUUGAGUUGCAUGGGUUCAGUUUGGCAUCCAGAAUGCUUUCGCUGUCAUGCUUGCAAUCAUCCGAUUACUGAUUAUGAGUUCUCGGUUUGGGGGAAUCGCCCGUACCACAAGUCCUGCUACAAGGAACAGCAUCAUCCAAGGUGUGAUGUUUGCAACAGCUAUAUUCCAACAAAUGCAGCAGGCCUUAUUGAGUAUAGGGCGCAUCCUUUUUGGCUACAGAAGUAUUGCCCCUCGCACGAGCGCGACGGAACUCCUCGAUGUUGUAGUUGUGAAAGAAUGGAAUCAAGAGAUACAAGAUACUUGUCACUUGACGAUGGUCGAAAGUUAUGUUUGGAGUGUCUAGACUCGGCAAUCAUGGACACCAACGAAUGCCAACCGCUUUACCUUGAGAUACGAGAGUUUUAUGAGGGUUUGAAUAUGAAAGUGGAGCAACAGAUUCCGAUGCUGCUGGUUGAAAGGCAGGCGCUAAACGAAGCCAGGGAGGGAGAAAAGAGUGGGAACCAUCACAUGCCUGAGACCAGAGGACUCUGCUUGUCUGAAGAACAAUGCGUCACCACAAUUAUGAGGAGGCCGAGAUUUGGGUCGGGCAACCGGAUCAUUGAGAUGAGAACCGAGCCUCAUAGACUAGUUCGCCAAUGUGAAGUGACAGCAAUUCUCAUUUUAUAUGGUCUUCCAAGGCUGCUGACGGGGUCAAUCCUUGCUCACGAGAUGAUGCACGCUUGGCUCCGGCUUAAAGGUUAUCCCAGUUUAAGACCAGAAGUUGAAGAAGGCAUAUGCCAGGUUUUGGCUCACAUGUGGUUGGACUCUGAGAUCUAUUCUAGCUCUGGAAGUGAUGUUGCAUCCUCGUCUUCUUCCUCAUCCUCGCCGUCAUCGUCUUCAUCAACAUCCACUUCGUCGAAGAAGGGUCUGCGAUCUGACUUUGAGAAAAAGCUUGGCGAGUUCGUCAAGUACCAAAUAGAGUCGGAUAGUUCGGCAGCCUACGGAGACGGGUUUAGGUUAGGCAACCAGGCUGUGCUCAAGUACGGCCUUCGAAGCACACUUGACCAUAUCGGGAUCACAGGGAGCUUCCCUUUGUGAAUAAUUUACGUAGAAAAAUUGAAUUAACUGUUGGAAAAGUACAUUGAGAAGAUAUAGUUUUACAGGCAAAAGAAGAUAGAAAGAAGAUACAAUCCUGAGACUGAAUAAGAGAUGGAAUGCUGAUGAAUGGCCUUCCAGACAUUGGAUGAAUGUAAAUUAGUACAGAAUAUCAUCCAAACACACAAAAACUAUCUCCUUCCUCUGUAAUGGCUACACCAUGUUGUAUGGUGUGCACUUGACGAUGUUUUUGUUUGAGUUCUGGACUUAAUUUUCAGUACGCUGUGUUCGUA